CAGGACGUCAACGAAGUGAGCGCGAAAGUGCACGGGGCCCCCGUGGCGAAGGACCGCAUCAGCAGCACGGACGUGGACGAGAAGAAGGUCAAGGGUCUCUUCGACGAGCAUUCCGACGACUGCGGCGCGUUAAGCAUUGAUGGCCAAGCGGGGAACGGGGACCCCAAGGAUCGUGACUCUUUGGGGCACGACAGCGGCGGCGGCUCCCAGGGACAUGACGGCGGCGACGUGGAGUCCGCCGCCCAGCUCCUCGCGCCCUCCACCCGGCGGCAGAGGCGGCGCCAGGAGCAGCAGGAGGACGAGG